AUCAUCUCAAACACCAAACAAACAACAUUUCCACUACUAAUUAGCCACAGUCAAAAGUGCUAAUUAACUUUGAAAAAUGGCUAAGUUUGGUGUAUCCUCAAUUGCCCUUGUUCUCACAUUGAACAUUCUUUUCUUCACUAUGGUUAGUUCCACUUAUGUCCCAUGCCCACCACCCCCACACUCCAAACCCCACCCUACCCCUACCCCUACCCCUUCUACCCCCUCCACCCCCUCCACCCCAUCAACACCAUCUACACCAUCAUCAAAGGGUAAGUGCCCAAAGGACACACUUAAGCUAAAAGUGUGUGCCAAUUUGUUAAAUGACUUAGUGCACCUUGUUAUUGGAAGUAGCCCAGCUAAAACUCCAUGCUGCUCUCUAAUUCAAGGACUUGCUGACCUUGAUGCUGCUGUUUGCCUUUGCACUGCCAUUAAAGCCAAUGUGUUGGGAAUUAAUCUCAAUGUCCCACUUUCCCUCAGCUUGUUGCUCAACAACUGCGGAAAAUAUGCCCCCAAGAACUUCCAAUGCGCUUAAGCAAAUUUCCAAUUCAUAUUUCUUUCAGUUCCAGAAAUUAAUUCCCAAUUCAUAUGGAGUAAUUAAUUUGUUUCUUUCAGUGUGUUUGGUGUUUUGUAAUUUGUAUUGCUUAUAUAUGUUGCUUAUUUUCAAGGGAAGUAUAUUUUUUUUAAUUCUAAUUGUUAUAAAGGAGGCAAUAAGUUGCCUUCCUUUCGUUGUAUCCAAAUUUUCAUGAGUAAUAAAUGAUAUCUUUUGGA